AUGGCUUCCUCCGAUCUUGCCGCCACUUACGCCGCCCUCAUCCUCGCCGACGAGGGCCUCGAGAUCACCCACGCAGCAGCAGCAGCAGCAGCAGCAGCAACGGAAGCGGCAGAAGUAGUAAAGGCGCAGAUGGACAUUCGGGACAGCAUAGAUGGGAUGGACCUUUCUGCAGUGUUCAUGGCAACAUCGACAAUCGCAGCAGGAUUGGAGAUGGGAUCGGGAGAUCAACAAGUCGCAGUCGCUCAAGGAAGGAUGUCCGAGAAGAUCGUCCAGCUGACCACCGCUGCCGGUGCGCCCGUUGAGCCCAUCUGGGCCACUCUCAUGGCCAAGGCGCUCGAGGGCAAGGACGUCAAGGAGCUGCUCACCAACGUCGGUGCCGGCGGUGCCUCGGUCGCCGUCGCUGCCCCCGCCGGUGGUGCCGCCGCUGCCGGUGGUGCCGCCGAGGAGGCCAAGGAGGACAAGAAGGAGGAGGAGAAGGAGGAGUCCGACGACGACAUGGGCUUCGGUCUCUUUGACUAA